AUGAUUGCUGAGUGCAGUACAAUAUGAUGGCCAGGAACCGUGACAGGCUUGCACAACAACCGCAGAUAUUAGAAGGAUACGCGGACGCAGGCCGGCAUACGAAGCUGCCGCCGCCAUGAAGAACGUCGCUAUAAUCUUUUGCGUAGCUAUCGCCAGCCAUAUGGCGGUCGCUUCCCCUGUACCCGAACCUGAUCCCGGUCAUAGAACACACAUCAGAAUCCACGUACCGUACGACGUUCACACCAUCCACCACCACCACGUACAGAAAGUGCCGAUUUUCCACGAGGUACCAGUUAUCAAAGAAGUACCGGUGCUGAAGGAAAUCAUUAAAACUGUACCAGUUGUAAAUACAGUCCACGUCCCGAUCGUCGAGACGGUGGCAGUCGAGAAACCGGUGUUUGUACCAGUACCAUAUAAGCAUCAUGGAUGGCAUUGAGGAUUGACUACACCGAAAUUUAACGCAGUGUAUAUAAUCGUGUGUUAGCGU